GCAUUUAGUUCUAAUUGAAACAUAUAUUUGGACCUUAAUCCAACUCAACACACAACAAAUUAAAGCUCCAUGCAUGGCUUCAAAACCACCACCACUGUCCCUCCUCUUCAUUGCUCUCUCCAUGCUCUCUUCCACCACCACCAGCAGCAGCUCCGGCCCCGGUAUCGCCAUCUACUGGGGCCAAAACGGCAAAGAAGGCACCUUACAACAAGCAUGCGCCACAAACAACUACAAAAUCGUAAUCCUCGCAUUUCUUACCGUCUUUGGCAGUGGCCGAACUCCGAAAUGGAACUUCGCCGGCCACUGCGGCGAUUGGAGCCCCUGCACCAAACUAGCCCCACAAAUCCACUACUGCCAGAGCCAAAACAUCAAGGUGUUCCUCUCCCUCGGCGGCGGCAUCGGACACUACUCUCUCUCCUCGCCGCAAGACGCGAGGGAAGUUGCGCUCUAUCUUUUUGAAAGCUUCCUCAGUGGCCAACACGGACCACUGGGAAGCGUGGCAUUAGAUGGCAUUGACUUUGACAUCGAAGAAGGGUCAAAUCUUUUCUACGAUGACUUAGUCAAAGCCAUCAAUGCAUUCUCCACAAAGGAGAAAAGAAUUUACCUAUCUGCGGCGCCGCAAUGUCCGUACCCAGAUCACUACCUCGAUAAAGCAAUCAAAACUGGAUUAUUUGAUUAUAUUUGGGUUCAAUUCUAUAACAACCCUCCAUGCCAAUACUCAAAUGGAAACCCUAAGAAACUUUUCGAGUAUUGGGACACGUGGACAUCGUCGGUUUUGCCGAAUAACACUGUCCUUUUGGGGCUUCCGGCGGCGCCUCGUGCCGCCGGAAGUGGGUUCGUAGCUGCUGAGGUUGUGGCGGAUGAGAUUCUUCCGUACAUAAGAAAAGGUUCAAACUAUGGAGGGGUUAUGCUUUGGAGCAGAUACUAUGAUGUUCAAACCAACUUCAGUGAGAAGAUUAAGGGUAGCUUGAUGAUGAGAUCUGCGUUGAAGUUAGUGAAAGCAAUUGGAGAUGGAAUAUAUGAAGGCCUGUUUUCCAUUUUGAACCGUCGUUAUGUGCCUAAAUCUGCUUCACUUAGGGCUGAUGUUUGAAGCUUCUACAUUAUAUUUGCAAAGGUGAAAACUUACUAUUAUUUUUACUUGAAAUUGAUAAUUAAAAAUUUUUAGAUUAUAAUUUAAUUAAAUUUAUAAAAUGAUCUAAUAAUUUUUAGUUGUCAACUUCAUGUCAAAAUAUCUGUAUAUGACUUUUCACCGUUUGCAAAAGCUUCAAGAAAAUGAGAGAAUAAUAAGUCACUUUGCAUGCAUGUGUGAUAUCUUUCUAAAGUUGGUGUCUUCUGGGGUUUAUGGGGAGCUUUUAAAAAAAGUAGUAUUUAUUUUUCAUGUAACUAUAUGAUGACUUCGAUGAUUGUCACUCUUCUAUAUUUAUGAUGGGGUAGA